GACAAAUCCACAGCCUUGUCAUCCUUCAACCUGACAGACGCAUAUCCUGCAUAUGAGUGGCGGUUCCCCAAGAUCAGUCUAGCUAGACACCGGCUUCAAAAACAUCCAGUAACCGUUUUAUUCUACCCGGAAAAUUUCCUGUAAGCUGUGUUAAGCACCCGGACCAUCGAUUUGGCGAAACGGGUACAGAUCGUAAACUCGCUGCAACUUCAAGAGACAUGACCAACGAGUACGCACCAGAAGCUGCGGGUGGUAUCGACUCGGACGAGCAGAAUGGAGCCCCUCAAGACCAGAACAUGGACAAUGAAGAGGACGACUUCAGACCACGAGUCCCUACCCGCGCAGUAACCGGCCUAGACACGACCCCUGUAAUCCAAAAAUUCCUUCGUGACGAGUUUCACCCUGAGCAUUGGGAUGCAUGUGCUAAGACAGCACAAAAACUAAUCAAGAGAAAAUUAGAGGGAACGCGAGAUAGGAAUGAUGAGGAAAUGCAAGUCAUGGUGACCUUCCGUGCGAAAAAGGAGAAGAGCCUGGAAGAAAAGCUGAAGAUGAGAAACCUCGAGCGCUCAGUCAUGGGCGAGGAAGAGUAUGGAUCUGGCACUGACAUAUUGAGGGAUGUCAAGGACCUCGCUGGUGUUCGGGUGGUAUUAUACACCCCCAACAAGGCGCAACGAGAGAAGGUGAAGGAGGUAAUCCAGGAGAUAUGGGGCCCCAACGUUGAGGAGAAGCACCAUGGGGACCACAUCUCGGAAGCUGCUGCAAAGGCCAAUGAAGAAGGGGGCGAGUAUGUUCGAAGACAUCUCGGUUACCAAGCGGUGCACUAUCGUGUAUUGAUGAAGAAAGAUCAGGGCAAAGGAUCUUACGUGUGGAAAGAAGAUGACAUGGUUGAGAUCCAGGUCGUCUCAGCGCUUGGCCAUGCAUGGGCUGAGGCUGGCCACGAUAUUCUGUACAAAACGCACGCAUAUGGACGGCCACCGACCGAGGAACGCCGCAUCCUGGAUGCCUUGAAUGGUCUUAUCAUCUCUGGAGAUCUUCUGCUGGAACAGUUCCGCGAAUCCGUUACCAAGAGGACUGUUGCUAAGUGGCACCAGUUCGAGCCUUUCGUCAUGUUUUUACGAGACUCGGAUGUAUUGGAGCAGAAAGUAGAUGACCAGGGAUGCGAACUCCGAAGCGGGUAUUGGAAAGACUUCAAUUACGAAGGGAAGGACUUCGACGGGAAGGAACUCCUCUACCGGUUUCUGGUCCGUACAAAAAGGAACUAUCCCUUGGCCGUGCGCAACGCACUCAGAGACCUUGGCUACCCUGACGAUCCUAGAGUCGGGCUGGAAAGUGAACUGGCGAGCUACGAACCUGCUAUUCGACCUCCGCCUGGUCUUCUAGCGCCAUUUUGUCUCAUCUCUAAGAUGUUGCGCGAUGUCCUGCACGAUAGUGAUCAAGCUGAGGAGUUGCUGGAUACGGACUACACCACUACCAAGAAAUGCAGUCUCAUGAUGGACGCACUGAUAUGGCUACAGACAUUUGUAGGCAAUCCCGAGGAUGCCAGGGCGUUGCUGUUACAGCUGAAUUUGACGGAGGGAGAUUAUGGACAACGUGACAGCUUGGACUUUGUGUUGAGAAGCCCACAUCGGAGGUCUUGUUUCGGUGGGCCUCUUGCCACUCCACCUGCACAAUGGAUCGACAGAGAGAUGCAAGCAGCCUGGGAUUGGUUUGUGGAGCAAUCGCAUAAAGAUGACUCUUUAUGUGGGUUCUUCUUCCGCUUGGCGAUCAUGGGUGUCCCGGCGAAAGUGGUGGAUGCUCAUGAACGGUUGGACAUACUCAAGAUUCUAUGUUUGUCGAGGUCAAACACCAUGGAGGACCCUUACCUAUCCGCCCAGGGUUCGCCUACAAAGUUGAUGUGAAUUGGCCGAUGAGAAAGGCCUUUUAUUGGAAUCUUGCGGUAGUCCAUCGUCUAAGGUAAAACAUCGGCCUCUCUCCCGAUCAUUUGAAUGAGCGCUUUCUUGUUCUAUGAUCAUGCCUUCGCUAGCACAACAUUCCACGAAAUCGAGCUUUGUUGUGGUGCAAGCCUGAUAAGCACUCAUCCUCGAAGCUGAAGCAAGGCAGUGAAUGUGGCUACCGGUCCUCUCAGAUUGUGAGGCUGCUUUCUCCCAAACCGCGACUGAGCAUGGAAGGCCAGGUAAAGCCAAAGCCUGUGGAUGUACACCCUGGAACAUGCAUCGGACAAGAUUGAUAUUACCGC